CAACAAGCACAGGCUCGCCUUCCUGGCUCCUUCUUGUUGUAGGAGAGGAGACUCAGCAAAUUGUUAUAUUUGUCAAUGUCAAAAAUGGCGUGUGGGUGGCACGCUACUUAUAUUCAUAUUCUUCUCCAAUUACUCUAUUAAUUUCUUCAUUCCCACCUAACCCAAUUAUUCAAUUACUAACUCCUCCCUUUUUUCAUUCAAUUCUUUCUUAUUCUUUCCUUUUAAUCUUUCUAACCCCAUAAAUAAUUUUUAUUUUUGCUUCUAUCCCAUUUCAUUUGAUUAAAGUAGUUGAAUUAGUGCAUUGGAAACAUGGACUUUUGCUUCAGAGAACCAGCCAGUGAGGCACUCCCUUCAGACCAGGAUAUCGUUCGAUGUCCUUUUUUGAGGAAUAUUAAUGCACCAACAAAUCUUUCUUUCUCGUCUUCCCAGGCAUUUCGUCUUCCGGUUCGAGGAGCUGUAGCGAAAGGUCCAAUUUUUGAAGAUGGUCCCAAUUUUGACAUGGCGUUUAGAUUAUUCCAUGGCCGUGAUGGCGUUGUCCCACUUUCCGACAGAUCAAAUGUACAUACGGAGAAUUUUGAAAUUGAUCUGCCUGCCCCUAGUUUUAAUCCUUUAGCUGCAAAAGCCGCCACCAUCAGUCUUUCAGGCUUCGGAGCUGGAUUUCCCUUCAAUUUUGACGCGUUUUCUCAAAAGUGGAAAAACCAAAAGAAAAAAUCUCAACCUUCGAAGGGAGGAGAUGGGAAACACGAGGCGUUAAGCAACGAGUGGCUGCAAACAGGAAACUGUCCGAUAGCCAAGUCUUAUAGGGCUGUAAGCGGUGUUGUGCCGUUGGUGGCAAAGGUCUUUCAGCCCCCACCCGGUGUAAAACUCCAGUGUCCACCAGCCAUUGUUGCAGCUCGAGCAGCCCUUGCUCGUACUGCCUUUGCAAAGAACCUCCGGCCCCGACCAUUGCCCACCAAAAUUCUUACGAUUGGAGUCCUGGGUAUGGCCGCAAAUAUUCCCUUGGGUAUAUGGAGAGAACAUACCAAGAAGUUCUCCCCUUCUUGGUUCGCAGCCGUUCAUGCGGCAGUCCCAUUCUUAGGCAUGCUGAGGAAAUGUGUCUUGAUGCCUAAGACAGCUAUGGCAUUUACUAUAGGAGCCUCAAUAUUGGGUCAGGUUAUCGGGUCUAGGGCUGAACGGUAUCGUUUGAAGGCUAAAGUUGCACGAGAAUCUGGCAUAACCAAAAUUCCUGUUGGUGAACCGAAAACGCUUCAUCUGGUCACUGUCAACAGCGGUGAUGUGGUGAAUUGGGACCCACUCUCCCUCAACGCCAGCAAGCCCUCGCCAUCAGCUCCUGUGUGUUGCUAAGAUUGUUUUUCGGUGAUUCGCUAUUUUUAUCCUAUCCGUGUGAUGAUUUAAUUGUAUCAUAAUUACUUACGCCGUUUGUUCUCAUGGCCAAUACCGACUUGCGGCACAUUAUGUUCUUUUUUCAGAAUCGAGUUCAUAAAAUAAAAUUACUUUUGUACUA